AAUAUAUCUCUGUUCGUUCUGCUUCUUCAAUCAUCUUUUAGGGUUUGAAACGAAAUCUCUGAAACAAUGUACGACUGUAUGUUGGAUGAGGCCAAGCUGUGGCAUAGUGAGAGUAAGCUCGAACCUCCGCCACCACCCACAACAUUUUCAGAUUCCGACGAGGAAGAGAUCGAUCCGGUGGAACGCGAGAAGUUUCGAAAACAAGUCGUAGAGUCCGGCGGAUUCGAUGUUGACUUUUUCCCUGUAUAUGAGAAGUUAAUGUCAAGUGGAUCCACUCCUUCCACUGUACUGUUGAGCAAGGUGGGACUCCAUACCUACAACUUUGACAAGGGGACGAAUUUACAGUUCAGGAGUGUUCAGAAAGCAAACGAAGAAUUUGUUUCUUUUACAUUUUACUAUAUAACGGUCGAAGCGGUGGAUCCGUUCGAUAAUUCACCUGUUACUUUCCAGACCUCUGUCUGGGAUGCUGCUAGAAAGAACAACGAGAGCUUGAGAUUGGUCACUAAAGUGUGCAGAAUCAAAGGAAGUAAAGAGGAAACUUCUCUGUGGGACCACGAUGCUGUAGACGAGUUCUAUAAAGAUGAUAUCUCUUGGUUAGAGGAUGAUGCUCUUACAGGAAGUCAUAAGCUACAAUACUAUGAGGUGAAGGAAUCGGAUCUGCGAGACAACGAAUGGCUUCAUCUGUAUGCUGAAGUUGUAUUGUUCUCCAAGUGGGAAAUUGACCUUAGCGCUUAUUUGCCGGUGAAGAUGAAGAAAGUAGUGGUACGAACGAGGGAAGAUGUAGAGACGAGUAUGAAGCUCAGGUCUAAGAAUGCAAUUUUCUACAUGAGUUUCACGGCCUGUCAGGGUCUCGAGUGCAGAGGCAUAAUAACGCGGACGACGGAUGGAAGACCACAACACAUGAGCUUUCAAGUUAACUGUUGGAUCGACAAUUAGAGAGAUAGAUAGAUGUUUUGUUAUCCGAAACUAUCUGUUUGUUGGUGUAGUAAUAAGGAUCAAGUUCAUAUUAAUUUUAUGAUUUCUAAUAUGAAA